UUGAAGCUGAGAUGCAGGAACCUCAGACAUGGCCCUCCAGGGGCUGCAGGGGGGAGACUGUAGGACUCACUCCCAGAGGAAUCUCACAGGUAAAAGCAGGGGCCCCUCUUUGGAACUUGACAAUGGGUAGAUCACAGUUGGUCUUUUUAUACUGUGAGUAGAUCACAGUCUCUUGGGAGUUGGACGUGCCUGCCUUAGCUGUUUCCUUCUAGACUGACCAGUUCAGUCACUCUGCCGGCCACCCCACCCUGUCCCAAGCAAACUCCUGCCCCAUAGAGCCCCUUGGGAGGGGGCGAUUUCUCACCAAGGAGCAGGAAUUGGCUAUUUUCUUGACCAUAUUCCGGCUGCAGUAUUUAUAUUGAAGGAAUCACUCAGGUGCAGAGUAGAGGUUUGAAGGAACAUUUCUUGUUUCCCAACAAAAGGGCAUCUCUUUUUCUUCCUCUCCCCUUCUCUGGGGACAUCUAGAGAAAGGACAUGUGUGCUGUGCUCUCACCACCCUCAGACAAUUCCUGCCCCUUGAUACCAUAGGAUUCUGCUGCUGCUUUGAAUAGACAUCAGUGGGGAGACUCAGAGGCCUGGGGUUGCUGUUUUGGCCCUUGGGGGUCUGGCUGAGGAGUCCGUAGUGAGGAAGAAACUCCCCACUCAGCGCAUGCCUGUCCCUCUAGGCCUCCUCCCAAUUCCUUUCUUUUCCUUUAACAGAAAUUGCAGAUUUGAAUGGGCUGACAUUGUUCUUCUUUUCACCAGGUACGAGAAAAGAGAGAGUCCAGAGAAGCCACUGCCUUUCCCUCCAGAGCUGAGGAACAGGGUCUUGGAAUCCUGUGAUCUAAAUCACCUUGUGGAGGAUGCCAUGAAACAAUGGGAAGAUGCUGUGUUAUACAGAAAACAGACUCAGAAAGGCUUACCUGGAGUUCUUCACCUCCAGCGAGAACAUCAGAGCCCUCGAAGAACUACGGCCAGCGAGUGAAUUACCACAUUGUCAAUGUCAAGGGUGAGAACAUCACCAACGCGCAUGAAAUGCAACCCAACGCCGUAACGUGGGGCAUCUUCCCCGGCAGAGAGAUCAUUCAGCCGACGGUUGUAGACCCGGUUAGCUUCAUGUACUGGAAGGAUGAGGCCUUUGCCCUGUGGAUUGAGCAGUGGGCCAAGCUGUACGAAGAGGAGUCCCCCUCUCGCAUGAUCCUCCAGUACAUGCACGACAACUAUUACCUGGUCAACUUGGUGGACAACGACUUCCCCCUGGACAGCUGCCUCUGGCAGGUCUUGGAAGACAUGCACACGCUCUUGAACUGUCCGGCGGAACCUUGAAAGUUGAGAAAAGGCACGCAGCCUCCCAGAUUUGGCUGGCAGCAUAGUCAAAAACCUUAGGGAUGCGAGGUUGGAACCACAGUGGCCCAGACACUCCUCUAGGGGGCGCCGUUGGCUGAAUUUCCCCCCAUUGCCUUCAAAGCGGGAGGCCGGUUAAGACAGGCACAUCUCCCUUCUGAUCCAAAAGACUCUGAGGAUGUUUUCGAGCCCUUCUUGGGUUAUUACAAUCCCUUUUCCCCUUAUACUAAU